ACACCAGAAAGACACCCAGAAUAUGGGGCGAGGUUGGAACACCUGAUUGAAAUUACUACAAACUCCUUAAAGGACACAGCAGUGUUCCAGCAAGAAUCAAAAGAAAGAAUGGCUAGGCUGGAGCUAGAGCUACUCAAUAUUAAAAAAGAGAUGGGUCACUUCAAGAAAAUCGAUGAAACGUUAAACAUAAUUAAAGAUGGUUUAAAAGACCAUGAAAACCGGAUUUCAGACAUUGAGGACUCAAUGGAAAAUUUAAAAGACAACUAUUUGAGGCAAGAAGAUGCAGUGGCACUUCUGGAGUAUGCACAGAAGGAAAAUACUCUGAGAAUAAGAGGACUACCAGAGCUAGAAGGAGAGCUGUUAUCUAAACGACUUAUGCCGAUGCUCCAAGAAGUUUGGGACCUGGAAGAAGAGGAUGCGAUAAGGGAAAUUGAUCAACUCUACAGAGUGAACUCAAGAGUAGCUCACGAUAGAAAACUCCCUAGAGACAUAAUUAUGUACUGUGUAAGAAAAAGCUUAAAAGACGAAAUUUUAAGGUACCAUUCAAGACAACCUCUCAAAAUAGAUGGGAAAACAUUGAUUAUAAUGAAAGAAAUCCCACAAUCAAUCCAGAGACUGAGAAAGGAUUAUAAAUGUCUGACGGACACCCUUAGGAAAAACAACAUUGUAUACCGAUGGAUUAUCCCGGAAGGAAUCUCCUUUGUCUGGAAUGGCAAAAGACUGAACAUUGUCACAGUGCAAAGAGCGCAGGAGAUCACCCAAAAGCUGAGAAAGGCCAUCCAAGAAAAAGGAAACAGCGCGGAUUGUAAUAGCGAGGCACUGGAAAUCAGACCAGUCACCCAGGAUCGAGGAAUGGAGGGAGAAGGUGCAAACCUUAUAUAUAAUGGACAGACUUUCAUUUCAGAUAAAGGAAUUACCAGCGGAGGAGUAUCAACAAACCUGGAUGCCAUGGACACUUAUUACAGUGAUGUGAAUGACCAAUGUGAAAGCAGUAUGAUCAGUGAAGUAAAUUUCUUCAUAGUUUCUAAAAUGGUUUGCUGUACGCAAAAACUGGAUCUCAUUGAUAAGUAG